CAGCGCUCGCACGCGGGGACAGGGGGACACGAGGACGCCCCUCGCAGGGGCUCGAGCCCCCGACAGCCGAGCCGAGCCGCUCGGCCCCUCCCCGCUGAGCAGCUCCCCCAGCCCCCGGGGCCGCCCCUCGGCCCGCCGCCCGCCUUUGUGGCUGGUCGUGCAGCCGGGGGGCAGAGGAGGGGCUUGCACGGGGACUUUGGGCUCCGACCACCUCGGGCUGCCGGCGGGGCCCGACGUCAGGGGCCGCUGUGCUGAGCUGCGCCGCGCGGGGCUCCGCACGCGGCCGCCACACAAAGGCAACGGCGCCGCUCCGCGCCGCAGGCAGGAUGCAGCCCCGGAGCCUCCUCCUCCUCCUGGCACUGCUGCUGCUGGCGGCCACCGCCGAGGCUGCCAAAGCCAAGAAAGAGAAGGCAAAGAAGGAGGGUUCCGAGUGCCAGGACUGGCGCUGGGGACCCUGCGUCCCCAACAGCAAGGACUGCGGGCUGGGCUACCGCGAGGGCACCUGCGGCGAUGAGAGCAGGAAGCUCAAGUGCAAGAUCCCCUGCAACUGGAAGAAGAAGUUUGGAGCUGACUGCAAGUACAAGUUUGAGAGCUGGGGAGGGUGCAGCGCACAGACGGGUGUGAAAACACGCUCGGGCGUCCUGAAGAAAGCGCUGUACAAUGCCCAGUGUGAGGAGGUGGUCUAUGUGAGCAAGCCCUGCGCCGCCAAGAUGAAGGCCAAGGCCAAAGCAAAGAAGGGCAAGGGGAAGGACUAGAGCGGGGCGGACGGCAUCCUCAGCCCCGGACACACGUGCCUCUCCCACCACAGUGAGCCACACUCCAGCCUUCCUCUUCUCCUUCUCCUCCUCUUCUUCCUCCUCUCCCCACCUCAUCUGCCACGGAGAUGCCUUGUUUAAUCGCUAGUUUUGUUGAGAGCAGACCCACUGGCCCUGGGAAGCUGCUGCCACUACCCUGGUGGCUGCUGCAGCCACACUGACCAUUGUGAUGGAGUGGUGCCGCCUGGGUGCUCUCACCUCUUUUGGGAAAUGGGUUUUGGUUUCUUUUCCAAUAAAAAUCUUUUUAAAAAAACA